UGCGUUUGUUUCCAGAAGGGUUUCCGGGUCUCACAGCUUUGAAAGCAGCUGAUUUUCUGGUUGCGUUUCUUUGCCGUCGACUUGUGAUUUAGUGCAUUGUCGCUCCCUCUGUUUUGUACUUUUUGUAAUAACACCUCACUGGUCGAGGUCUGAAGGAUUAUUGUUCUCAUUGUAGAGGUCAUGAUGAGUUUGUGACGGUUAGGACACCAGAAAGUGAAAAAGCACUGCGAGAAGGAAGGAAGCGGCUAAGUUAGUUAUGAUGACACCAGCUGACCGGUGAGGAGGCACUUUAGUAACUGGUGGGAGUAGUAAAUGAGAGAGCUCUACAAUGUGGAAUGACAAGCAAAGAGGAAUCAGGGUUUCUCAGGAGGAGCUGCUCUGCAAGAACGCCUGUGGAUAUUAUGGAAACCCUGCAUGGCAAGGCUUCUGCUCUAAGUGCUGGAGAGAGAGAGCACGUCCAGAGAGCACAUCCAGAGAGCCAAGACAAGACACAAGGCCGAGCAAUGAUGGAGCUCCUCCCACCUUCUCCAAAUUUGAGGAGAAGAAGAACAUUGAGAAAGGUCGUCGAAUAAACACGAUGAGGAGACUUUUCUGGGGCACCCCGUCCCCUCCAAAGCAUCAAGAGCCUUCUGAAAGCCACACAAAUGUGUUAAAAGCCUACCAGAGCCUUGAGCCCGGGGACUUCCCUGGUUUCCUAAAGAUACUAAAGAGCCCUUCCUCCCAGCGCUUGCAGUCCCGAUGUACAGCUUUCCUCAACACAAUGGAGGCUUACCAUCACCUCCCAGUACAAAAGCAGUCAGAUCUCGUGCAAGAUUUCUUCCAGUCCUUUGCUGAAUAUUUUAGCAGUUUUCCUGAAGCUCAGGUCACUCAGAUAAUGGAGCACGUCGAGAAGUUAAUAAUGACACGUUUGCACAAAUGGGUUUUCUGCCAUGACAGCUGUGAUGAUGAACAAAAGGACCUGGCUCUCCAGAGAAGGAUACGCUCCCUAAACUGGGUUACUCCACAGAUGCUGAGCGUACCUUUUCCUGACAAAAAGACUGCAGUCACAGGCGACCCUUUUCUGCCUGCUAUAACAGCUAUUAUUGAAAUGGAUGCAAAACGAGCGCCUCAGGACAAACUUGUUUGCGUGUCCAAAUGCAGUCAGCAUGUCUUUGAAGCGCUCUCCACCUCAAACAGUGAGCCUGCUAAUGCUGAUGACUUCCUGUCAGGUCUGAUUUAUGUGGUGCUGAAGGCCAAUCCACCUCGGCUACACUCCAACAUGCAGUAUGUGAUUCGUUUUGGUCUCCCUCACAGCCUGAUGGCAGGAGAGAGCGGCUACUAUUUUACAAAUUUGUCUUGUGCUGUGGCCUUCAUUGAAAAGCUGGAUGGACCAGCACUCAACCUUAGUCCAGAAGAGUUUGAGGCCUACAUGCUGCGUCAGCGGGCUCCCUCUGCAGGAAAGAAGAGGCUGCAGGUUUCCAAUGAUACACAACACCUGUUCGAGGAGCUAACAGGCAGACAGGAGAAGCUGGACCAAGGGAUGGAUGCUCUCAAUACGCAGCUACAAACGUGGGUCCAAGCUGUUCAUUCACAACUGGAUGAGGCAACAGCCCAGCUUGCUCUGGUACAGAAGGAGAUAACGGCUCAGGCUGAGCUCUCACAGGUUUUUUCAUCCUCAUCCCACGAUGCAUCACUGCAAAAGGAUGGCGAAGAUCAGUCUCUGCUGGUGUGUAAUGAUGAACAUGCAGGUCCAAAAGAUACAGACAGUUAGCUACACUAACAAAAACAGCUAAUCUGGUGCUUGACUCUUGUUAAUCAGCAGAACUAAUUUAUGUAUGAUGCAAAACAAACACAGAUUUAUAUUCCAGUGCCACAUUUGCGCAAGUUCCAACCACAGAAAUCUUGGAUUUAUCAGCCAGUUUAACAUGAAGGAAAAUUUCUUGAAGGAAACUUUUUUGCAUUUGGUAUCACAGGGCACACAGAGGUUUUUGAAUGACUUUGUUAAAACGAUUUGCACUGUUUCAGGACAAAGGCCAUUUAAAAUACAGUCCAAUUUAUAGUAACAGAUGUGAUCAAAAUGAACAUUUAAGCACUCAGGGUAAACAGCCCUGAGAGAUAUCACCUAACACUUUAUUAAGCGUGCUUAUUUAAUAUUAACUUUUUCUAUUAGUGUAUACACAUGUGCCUAAAUGUAGACCACUGUGAACUUAAGAAAUAUGCUACAGGAGAAAAUGUGAGGGGGCAGUUAUAGACCACAACGAGUCAGGGGGUGUAUGUAUUCAAAAUGUGUUUUUUCAGGGCUGUGUAACUGUUCUCAACAUGUUCACUGUUUGUACAAAGAUGAAAUACCUGGUGUAAAACAAUUUGUAACACAUGUUUACAACUGUUUACAAUUGUUUCUGAAGAAAUUAAAGGGGUUUAUGUUAUAAUCGA